CCUUUCGCGCUUACGCUAUACACACAUGGAGGGUGAGUAUGGAAAUUGUGGGGUGAACCGAGUGGCUAAAGGUCGAAGCUAGGUGUAUCACCGGCGCAUAUUUUGAAUGUGUGUAUCGCAUAUUAUUUGUAUUCUUGCGUGCGGCGUGCUAGCCUGCUAGAGGGGUAUGUGGCGUUGGAGCCGGAGUGCGUUUGUCGUUUAUGUGUCGGUUCGGUUGCUACUUGCUACCCUCGAAGCGGCGAUUUAGGGUGAAGGGAGCGCGACGCGCGGCCGGCGGGCGCAGCACGAGGGUAGGUUCGAGGGUCGCGCGCAGAACCACCUGGCGUCGCGCGCUCCCCCAUUCAAUUCACUAUCGACCGGCUGCGAGUAACAAUUUCCCCACCGAUACUAAUCGAAAUCGGAGUCCAAUGAGAAAAUCGGUACGGGCUCCGGGUAGGCAUAGGCAAAGGCAAUCGAAGUGAGCAUGCGAGGAGGCUAGAGGAUCGCGACCAUGAGUGGCAGUGCCGUCGGGUUCGCGGCUUCUGUGCCUUUCCAGAGGGUGACGAAGCGGUCGAGCUGGUGAACAAGUAAAUAAGUGGCUCAGUUAGGGGAUAGUGCGUGGCAUCGGUGUGGUGUGGUGUGGUGCGGUGGUGCAGUGAUAGGAGCAGAGGCAAGAGAGGCGAGGGCAGCGCCGGGGGCCGCCCGGGGACGACGUCGACGUCGCGGCGCCGAGCCAUGGCUUUUUCGAUAAGCCGCCAACCCUCGUGAUGGACCACAUAGGCGACAUGAUCGAGCAGCAGGCACUGGGUGAUCCGGUCGAUUCUCCUGAUGGCAGCGCGCAUGCGGCUGGUGGCGGCGGCAUGGAGACGCAGACCGUCCGCAUGAGGUUGGUGUCGCGUGCUGUGGUGGAGAGGCGUCUUGUAAAACAGGAAGAGGCCGAAGGCCCCCUGUCCGUCAUAGUCCAGCCCCAGGACGACUCGCGAGAUUCGGAACUUCUUAGUCCUGGCAAGCUAUCACCGACGUCGGUGAGCGUAGCCAACAUGAUUGAUGCUGCUGAUUUCCGAAUGCAGCCAGAACCCACUUACCAAACACUCACCUCGGUCAAUGGAAGACUAUCACCACCAGGAUACAGCCCUAGUUCCUCUUAUGCCACCCUUACUCCGCUCCAACCCCUACCCCCGAUCUCGACUAUGUCCGACAAGUUUGCAUACGGUCACGCCGGCAAUGUCACGGGAUCUUUCACGGUCAUGCAAAACAAUAGCCUCGGAAUAGGCUUAGGUUUGGGCGUAAACGUGAAUGCGGCCUAUUCCAUGCCCACCAUGGGCAUGACACCUCCUCAUAACUACUCCUCUCCCGGGAUGGGUCUACAACAGCAACCGAGCCCGAUUAGCCCCCAAAGCGCCUACAGCCAGAACGGAUUGCCGUCCCCCCAGAAGAGCAUGUCACCGCCAGGCUACGAUUCCCCCUAUGGUGCCCAACAGAGAGACCUGGUAGCGCGUUCGCUACAAAGUCCACAAUUAAGUCCGCCUUCAGCCUCAUUAAACUCACCAGAUGGUACUCUAGUGGCUGGUUUCGGUGGUUCCACCCUUAACGGCUUAGGCCUCCAACACCAUCCACCGACGCUGGUUCAGAUCGCCGCCCCACAACAACGGGACUGCUCGCCUUCACCACCCGUUCUCAGUUUGCAACCUCAACAACAAACACAACAACAACAGCAGCAACCGCAGCCUCAGCAACAACAGCAGCAGCAACAACAACCUCAGCAACAGCAACAGCAACAGCCACAACCCGCCGUCGCAAUGCAAAUCUCCUCAAAGAACGCCUCCUCUGGAGCCCUAAGUGUACCUGCCAUCGCCGCCGACGUCGAGGAAAUCAACACCAAAGAGCUAGCUCAACGCAUUAGCGCAGAACUGAAACGCUACAGCAUACCCCAAGCUAUUUUCGCCCAAAGAGUACUGUGUAGGUCGCAAGGCACUCUUUCCGAUCUAUUACGGAACCCGAAACCUUGGUCCAAACUGAAAUCUGGCCGAGAAACAUUCCGGCGGAUGUGGAAAUGGCUACAGGAACCGGAAUUUCAAAGAAUGUCCGCCCUGCGUCUUGCAGCUGCGCAGAUCCCACAACGAGGCACAGGUUGCAAACGGAAAGAGGAGAGUUCGAACAAUUCGGAUCAGCUGCCCACUCCCAAGAAGCCCCGAUUGGUUUUCACCGACCUCCAACGGCGUACUCUGCAGGCUAUUUUUAAGGAAACGAAGAGGCCCUCGAAGGAGAUGCAGGUCACUAUAGCCAGGCAACUGGGUCUGGAACCGACAACCGUUGGCAACUUUUUCAUGAACGCCCGGAGAAGAUCGAUGGACAAGUGGAAGGACGAGGAUCCCAAGUCAUCUUCCACGACCAUAAUCCACCAGCAGAUGUCCCCGGGAAUGGAGCAGGACGAUCCCGAGCAGGAUAUAGAUUUGGACAAUGACAUCGACGAUCAGGAAGAUGUCUUGUGACAUGCAUUCCGUGACCGCCAUUUGUUGAUGCUGUGACACUUAACAGUGACGGCGUUCCUAGAGUUUAGAUAUAGUGUAGACCCACCGACAACUUGUGUAUUUGACCGGCGAACAAAAGAUUAUACUUCAGUCCUACGCUUCACGAAACUUCGAGUGAUCUCAUUGGCAGGAUUUUGUGUUCGGUUACCAAUCCACCAAAUGUGUUAAUUUAUUUUUUAUGUUGUUUUUUAAUUUAUUAUUUAUUUUUGAUGUGGUUUUGUGAAAAUUGUGAUCGAUUGCAAGUCACCUGAUUUAUUGCUCUUGAAUCCAUACAUCUUUACAUUCCACUAGCACGCUUUGCGGUCAACAACGGCUGUAUUUUACCUCAUUUUCUAGUCAUUGUGUUGGUUCAAAAUUAUUUAUUGAUAAGUAUUUAUUUGCUUGUAAAUAAAAACAGACAAAUUGUUAAAUUAUAUGAUUAUAAUAUAAGGAGUUUUUUUGUUAGAAUAGAAUUUCUAAGAAUUUCGAACUUGUUUUUUAUUUGUAGGUGUCCAGGCUCUGUUUAGAAUAGAUUUAGUUUCUAAGAAAGCAUUCGAGUUUUACUUUUCUACGUGUGAUCAUUUGGUUUGGUCUGUGAUCUGUUAAUAAAUUCGUCGACUUAUUUAAUCCAGGUCAAAUACAGAGAAUUGAACUUUCUUCACAAAAAAUGUAAAAUAUCAAAAUGAGGCUAUAUUUUGGUAAAAAAGUUCUAAAAAGUUUCUAUUUUAGCACAAACAAAAAGAUAAGUCUGUACUCAGUACUAGUCUAGUUAAUAAUGUACAAAAUUCCAUUUCCAUUUGGUAUUUUUUGUGUAAAGAAUAGUUGAUUCUGAAAGUCGGGGGUAGGUAUAAAAUUUGGCAGAGUGCCCAAAAGAGCACCUAGUCUACGUACCAAAAAUAUUUUUUACGAAUUAUUUCUUGUAAUAUAUUGUAGUAGUGUAAAGCAUUUCUGUUCAGAAGAAGAAAAAUGAAAAAACAAAAUAACUUUCGAAAGAAGAAAAAGUAAUGACACUGCGUACGCAAGAGUGCAAGUUUUGACAAUAUUUACUAACUUAUAUGGGGGGAAGGUCUGUUGUUACUUUUUCAUCGUAGAAAUUUGUAUUGAAAGUCUGUGACAGUGAAAAUAGAAUCAUAUUUAAUAGUACUGGUUGUUAAAUCUCCUAUGUAAAUAUUGCGAGACAAAAGUAUUUAUAUAUAAUUCCCAGCAAUGUCGGGAUCACUUUUGCUAUGGUCUUUCUGUAAAUGAAUACAUAAUCUAACUGUACACGGAGCGUUGGCUUUGUUUCUUUUUGUAUUUGCAUGCAAGAUGUAAGGGUGGUGUACACGGGCGAUGUUUCUUUUUCUUAAAAAAUAAAUUUGUUCCCUGUAUGCCGCUUGUGACAUCGUUAUAGGUUCGGUAUCAUGUACGUAUUAUCAGUUUUAGAGCGUCGAACGCCUCAUCCUGGCGACGAGUUGGGGUCACGAAAUGCCUUACUACAACAUGUACCGUUGUUUAAGUCUAGUCAGCACUUGUCAGACGUGUUCUUUUCUGUAACCGUUUCAUUAUUUUCUAGUUCUUUACGUCGUCCUUAGUUAGAGCUUCACCAAAAAGCAUAAAAUACUCCGCGGAGCGGCGAGUCCUUCAAGCGGUACAUUUUUCGUACCGCGGUCAGAACUCGCCUCGCCGUUCUCGAGCGGGUUGUCGGCCGUUCAUUUCUCAUUUACAAAAUGUGCAAUUUCAAUAAAAUUAGAUUGUCGCCGCACCCGCUACUGUGUGUACUACAUACAAUGUUUUGCACGAUGUUGCACUUUACUCUAAUUUGUCAGGUUCCGGGGGUUGUCAGAAUCCACAUUUCCAGAAUCGAGCGCUACUACGAAUCCCAUCUGCUGUGUAUUGUAUAAAUAAGUUUAUUCACAACCCAUCGAUCGGUCACCACCACCCAGAAUAAUUUAGUGCAAUAGUAAAACGUGUAAAAAUGGCAAUAUCAUAUCCCAUCAAAGUGUAAUCGUGAGCGAUCACGACUCUACACACGAUUCUGUAGAAAAAUAGCGUUGAUUAAAGAAAUAUUUAAAAUAUA